GACGUCACCUAUAAAAUCUUUCUGCAAUCGCUGGAAGGAUCAUUAUUUCUGAAACCCUAGCCUCCACCGCACCGAUCAAAACCCUCACAUUUCUGAAUCGCCAUGGGCAGAAAGCGAAGAUCCCGCGCUCCCGAAGGUACACAGGAGUCCGGGCUGGCGGAGGCCAAUGAACCGGCUGUGGAGACGGAGCCGGAUCGGGAGUCUGAGCCUCAAAGUGAGGAUACGCACGAAACAGCGCUUGGAGAAGACCAACCUGUCGGUGAAGAUGUGAAUGAAGAGGGGGGAGAGGGAGAGGAAGAUGGCGAUGGCGAAGAAAGGGAGCUCGGGAAGACGGAGGAGAUGGAUAAAGACGCCGGUGAGGAGAAAAUGGAGCAAGACAGUGAAAUAUCCGAGAAGCGGGCCGUUUCGGAAAAUGGAGUUGAGAAGGAAGGUGAGGACGAGUUAGAGGAAGAGCCGCUGGAGAAGCUUCUCGAACCCUUUUCUAAAGACCAGUUGACGCUUCUGAUUAAGGAGGCGGUUGCUAGGCAUCCUGAUAUAAUGGAGAAUGUUCACAAGUUGGCUGAUGCGGAUCCAGCGCACUGCAAAAUCUUCGUUCAUGGCCUCGGAUGGGAUGCGAGCACGGAGACGAUUACUCCUAUAUUUGGUAAGUACGGGGAGAUCGAGGAUUGCAAAGUUGUUAGGGAUAAAAACUCUGGGAAAUCGAAGGGUUAUGGGUUCAUUCUUUACAAGCACCGGGAUGGGGCGCGAAAAGCUCUGAAGCAGCCUCAGAAGAUAAUUGAUGGUAGGAUGACCUCUUGCCAGCUAGCGUCUGCAGGGCCAGUCCAGACGCCGCCACCUCCUGCCGCAGUUUCAACGCCUCCUGUGUCAGAGUAUACACAGAGGAAGAUUUAUGUGAGUAACGUGUCUGCUGAACUUGACCCAAAGAAACUAUUGGAGUUCUUCUCGAAAUUUGGAGAGAUUGAGGAAGGGCCUUUAGGGCUGGAUAAACAGACUGGGAAACCUAGGGGUUUCUGUUUGUUUGUGUACAAGAGUGUUGAGAGUGCAAAGAAGGCAUUGGAAGAGCCACAUAAGAAUUUUGAAGGACAUAUUGUGCAUUGCCAGAAGGCUAUAGAUGGUCCGAAGCACAGCAAGGGUUUCUUCAACCAGCAGCAUGGCCAGCCCCAACAGCAGCAGCAGCAGCAGCAGAAUCAAGGGUAUUACCACCAACCAGCAAAGAAGGGGAGGUAUGCUGGAAGUAGUGGUGUGGGGCACACUGGUGCGCACCUGAUGGCGCCUAGUGCAGGGCCAGCUGUUCCUCCAGUGGGGUUUAAUCCUGGAGUUCCUCCCGCUGCAUUAGGGCAGGCUGUGGCGGCCUUAUUGGCCACGCAGGGGGCUGGAUUGGGCAUCGGAAAUUUGCUUGGUGGGAUUGGAGGAGGUCCGCAAGGAGUGCCAUCUAUGAUGAAUAAUCCAGGCUAUGGUGGGCAGGGUAAUGCUGGUGGCUAUGGAGGUCAGCCAGGUAUGCAGGGAGGCGGCUAUGGUGGCCAGCCACCAAUGGGUCAAGGUGGUGUUCGGCCACAUCAGGGUGGUGCACCCUACAUGGGCCAUGGUCGCUAGGUAAGUGAAGAUUCUUCAUAAAUGCAUCAAACUUUUAGUUUUGGACUCUGGUGACUCUUCUGAAGUUCGGGCAAUCAUGCAAAUGAAGUCUUUCCUUGUAGCAAAAAGAUAAUGUUUGCCUAAAGAAUAGAGUCUAAAACCUGUAUUAGUUUACUGAACUCCUGUCUGUUGAAUAUUUUUAAAAAUUUUAUCUUAUUUCGGUCUAUUAACUUUUCAAGGGAGUGAGAACUAUCGCUAAUAUUUCUACUUCUUUUUCUAAUACUCUACAUCUGUCUCUCCCUGAUUUUGAAGGGUUUUUAUUUGUCCUUCUCUAUUUCCAACAUUCAUUUUCACCUGAUAAUCUCUUAUAAUUUUGCAAUAUAUUUGACACUCUACACUUUAUGUUGAAUUCUUAUAAAUGCUUUUUUCUUAUUCUGCACUGUCCAAAUUUGGAAUUACUGUGUUGCUUUGUGUUUUAAAUGGGUAUAGUCUGCUAAUUGUAG